AAUGAACAACGCGCGCGCCUUCUCGUUCUACCCAUGAUGCCCCGCUCACGAGUCUGCUUGGAUCGGACCGCCAUGUUGUCGGUGUGAAAGCUUGGGAGCUGCUGUAAACCGGGGCUGAAAUCCAUCACCAUCCGCAUCCUCCACCUUAUCUGGUGGAAUGAGCGUAGCGUGUGUGUUGAAGAGGAAAGCUGUGCUCUGGCAGGAUUCGUUCAGCCCCCACCUAAGACUGCCUCCCUCUGACAGGCCGUUACCCAGCAUGCCUGUGGUGCUGAGUGCUGCGGGCCACACCCCCCAACCUGGCCCUGCUCUGCAGGCCCCUCCCCCCACACAGGGAGCAGGGCGCUCUCAAGAUGAUGCCAUGGUUGAUUACUUCUUCCAGCGGCAGCAUGGCGACCAACUCGGCUACAACAACUGUAAACACCGCUGGCCGACUGGUGACAGCAUUCACGCAGACAACCAGGUGCGAUCAAUGGAUGAGCUUAACCAUGACUUCCAAGCACUUGCUCUGGAGGGCCGAGCCAUGGGAGAGCAACUCCUCACUGGGAAAAAGUUCUGGGAAACUGAUGAUUCGGGGAAAGAUGGACCAAAAGGGAUCUUUCUGGACCAGUGGAGAGACAGUGCUUGGGGAGCCUCUGAUCACUCUGUGUCCCAGCCAAUCAUGGUGCAGCGCCGACCAGGUCAGGGCUUCCAUGGCGUUGGAGAGGCAGGAUCAGUGUUGUCGCCACGUUCUGAGAGUGGUGGACUAGGGGUUUCCAUGGUGGAGUAUGUUUUGAGCUCCUCCCCUGCUGAAAAAAUGGACUCUUGUUUGCACAAAGGAGCCUAUGGUCCAAGAGAUUCUGAGGCUGAUAACCCUGAGAAGAGGGCAGAACCAAAACCCAAAACAACAUUUGACCCUGAACGGAAGGAACUAAAGGAAACUGAGCCCGAUGCUUUGGAUAAUCCCAACGGACUGCCUAAUCAGAAUGGACUUGAUAUGGAUGUUAAGGAUUUUAGUCGUGCACCUGGUAACUGCCCACCAACUGGUCCAGAAGUGGAGUUGGAUGGACCAGAAUUGGGUGGAGUUGCAGGGCCAAAACCAGCAGAGGAGUUCCCCAAUGUUGAGACCCAAAAUGUGUCCCUGGACCCCAUGGAAUCAGUUUCCAUGGAAACUUUGCAGUUUGAUUACCCUGGCGGCCAGCUGCCUCUCGACUCCACAGCGGCUACUGUUGGCUUGUUUGACUACAAUUCCCCUCAGCAGCUGUUCCAGAGACCCAGCCCUCUGGCAGUGCAGCAGCUUACUGCAGCCCAGCAGCAGCAGUACGCGCUUGCCGCAGCUCAACAGACACACAUCGGAUUGGCCCCAGCUGCGUUUGUACCGAACCCUUACAUCAUCAGCGCAGCUCCACCCGGCACUGAUCCAUACGCUGCUGGCCUCGCUGCUGCCGCCACGCUUGGUCCAGCAGUAAUGCCGCCUCAGUACUAUGGUGUAACUCCAUGGGGUGUGUACCCUGCCAACCUAUUCCAGCAGCAGGCUGCCACCCCCUCAAACUCGGCCAACCAGCAGCCAGCUGCACAGACUCAGCAGAACCAACAGCAAGUGAUGCGUGCAGGUGGGAAUCAACGACCUCUGACCCCUAGCCAAGGACAGCAGAGUCAGCAGACAGAGCAGCUUGUUGCUGCAGCAGCGGUGAACUCUGCCUUGGCCUUUGGGCAAGGCCUGGCAGCAGGUGUACCCGGUUAUCCCAUGUUAGCCCCAGCAUAUUAUGACCAGACGGGUGCACUUGUGGUGAAUACAGGUGCUCGUGGUGGCCCGGUCCGACUUAUGGCCCCUGCAUCGGUUAUCAUCAGCCCAUCAGCAGCAGUGGCUGCUGCUGCUGCCUCAGCAGGUGGGGCUAAUGCCGGUCUUGGGGGCGGAGCAAGUGGGGCGUUCCGUGCAUUGAGUUCUCAGCAAGCUCCUGGGCAGCAGGGGAGUGGGGCUUUGGGAGGAAGCUCUUUUUAUGGGAGUGGCUCCCCAAGCUCUUCCUCACAGAGCUCCUCACUAUUUUCACAAGGCUCUGCACAGCCAGGGAGCACCUCACUCGGAUUUAAUGCCAACCCAUCUUCCUCUCUGGGAGCCACACUUGGAGCAACCCUCGGAGGUUUUGGAACAGCAGUUGCUAAUUCCAGCUCUAGUGGGUCACGUCGAGAUUCUCUGACAGGAAGCUCUGACCUGUACAAGCGCACACCCAGUAGCCUCACCCCUAUUGGCCAUGGGGGUUUCUACAAUGGCCUCAGCUUUAGCUCCUCCCCUGGCCCAGUAGGCAUGCCACUUCCCAACCAAGGCCCAUCCCACUCUCUCACCCCGCCUCCCUCGCUCUCAACCCAUGGAUCUUCAAGCAGUCUCAACCUUGGCGGGCUGACCAAUGGCAGUGGCCGUUUCAUCUCCGCAGCGCCAGGAGCAGAGGCGAAAUAUCGCAGUGCCACCACUGGCUCUUCUCUCUUCAGUCCCAGCAGUCAGCUUUUCCCCUCGUCACGGCUACGCUACGGAAUGACUGACGUGAUGCCUUCAGGUCGCAGCCGUCUGCUUGAGGACUUCAGAAACAACCGCUACCCCAACCUGCAGCUGAGAGAGAUCACAGGACAUGUCAUGGAGUUCUCUCAGGACCAGCAUGGCUCCAGGUUUAUCCAGCUAAAAUUGGAGAGAGCAAGUCCUGCGGAGCGGCAGUUGGUCUUCAACGAGAUACUGCAGGCAGCAUACCAGCUCAUGGUUGAUGUGUUUGGAAAUUAUGUCAUCCAGAAAUUCUUUGAGUUUGGCAGUCUCGAUCAGAAGUUGGCGCUGGCCGAGCGGAUCAGGGGCCAUGUUUUGUCUCUGGCGCUGCAGAUGUACGGCUGCAGAGUGAUCCAGAAAGCUCUGGAGUUCAUCCCUUCAGACCAACAAGUCAUUAAUGAGAUGGUUCGGGAGCUCGAUGGACACGUGUUGAAGUGUGUUAAGGAUCAAAAUGGCAACCAUGUGGUGCAGAAGUGUAUAGAGUGUGUUCAGCCUCAUGCUCUGCAGUUCAUCAUCGAUGCCUUCAAAGGACAGGUGUUUGCUCUGUCCACACACCCAUAUGGUUGCCGGGUGAUUCAACGUAUUCUGGAGCACUGCCUGCCUGAGCAGACUCUACCGAUACUGGAGGAAAUACAUCAACACACUGAGCAGCUGGUCCAGGAUCAGUAUGGGAAUUAUGUAAUUCAGCAUGUGUUGGAGCACGGCCGCGCAGAGGACAAGAGCAAGAUCGUCUCUGAAAUCAGAGGAAAUGUUUUGGGGCUAAGCCAACAUAAGUUUGCCAGUAACGUGGUGGAAAAGUGUGUGACCCACUCUUUGCGUGCGGAGAGAGCUAUGCUUAUUGAUGAGGUAUGCAGUAUAGCGGACGGGCCCCACAGUGCCUUAUACACCAUGAUGAAGGACCAGUACGCUAACUACGUUGUGCAGAAAAUGAUCGAUGUAGCCGAGCCUACACAGCGCAAGAUUGUAAUGCACAAGAUCCGGCCCCAUAUCGCAACGCUGAGGAAGUAUACAUACGGAAAGCACAUCCUGGCUAAGCUGGAGAAGUACUACAUGAAGAACGGUGUUGACCUCGGCCCACUCUGUGCUCCCCCUAAUGGCAUCAUGUAAACCCCUUCCAUUACACCCUAGGACACCCGUGUCUGCGUGUGUGUGAGCACAUUUGUUCACGCCCAACAUUUGGUGGAGGUUGGUGUGAAAUGGCUGAAACCUUCUCGUCAUUGAUGCAUCCCUCGAGUUGUUGUGACUUUGUUUUUUUCUUUAUUUCUCCCUUUUAGCAAUUCUUUAUCACUCUGCUACCUAAAUAACAGUCCCUUUUUGGUUCUGUAUGUAUGUAAUGAAAGAAUAUUUGAUUUAUCCCACUUUCAAUCAUGUAGGCUUGUGCAAACACUUCAUUGCUCAGCAACACCUUUCUAAUGCGCAUUUUCUUUCAUAACGCGCACAUUAUUGCUAACACUUGAUUGCUAACAUACGCAGACAUUUAGCAUGGGAGACGUUUUUGGUCUUGCUUCUAUAAACUAUUUAGUGCAUACUUGGUGUAGACCUUUGCAUAUAUAUAUAUAUAAAUAUAUAUAUAAAACUUUGUAGUUUUUCUGGUUUUUGAUGUCCAAUCUGUAUCUAUAGUCUUCCCCAGUAGUGAAUACAUACUUCUGAUUGUAUAAUUGUACAUUUGUAAACCUUCGCUAAUGUAAAUGUGGACUUGCUUCUACUGCCCUUUUUUGGUAUGAGAAAAAAAAAAAAUGGAAAAAAGAAUCUUGUGCAUUUCAGUGUAAAUUCUCACCUCUUUGGUUGUGGUUUCUGAGUUGUUAUAUAAUGUAAAUUGUAAUAUCAGAUUUUUUUGUUGGUUUUGAAGCCCUUUAGAUUAUUUCUGCAUAGAUGUACAAAGAACAGAGAUGUGCACUCUGCUUUUAGCCAUUCACCAGCCACCUCUUUUUCACCUCCAGUCAUCCUUUUUUUUUUUUUUUUUUUUUUUUUAAGAUCUUUUAUAGUCCCUCCCUCGCUCCAGGGCAGAUAGCAACAAGCGCGUUUGUGUGUAUGUGUGUGACGCGUUAGACUGCCCUGGGUCAGAUGUGUGUACAGAUUUGCCAUUCUUUUGUCUACUUGUAAGUGAUUGUAACAUACUGGCCAUUGGUUUUUGAUUUUGAACACUAUCUGGUGUAUAUUUAAACAGCCUUGUGUAUAUUUCCUAUGAUUCUCUUUAUGCAGGCACACUUGUAACCAUAAUGUGUAUAGGUAACAGAUGCUGUGUGUGCUUUCUGCCUGGGCAACUAUUUUUUGUAACUCCAGUUGUAGAUUGUCUCUAAACAAUGUGUGAUCUUUAUUUUGAAAGAAAACAAUGAAAAAAUUAUAAAUUUCA